CAGAGGGUUUACACAUUUGGAAAGAACAACAGCCAGGGCGAUGCGUCCAUGAAACAGCUGCUGGGUGGCAAGGGUGCCAACCUGGCGGAGAUGUCGCGCAUCGGCCUGUCCGUGCCGCCCGGCCUGACCAUCACUACCGACACCUGCGCGGAGUUCCACUCUAAUGGCCGCAAGCUGCCGAACGGUUGCUGGGAGGAGGUUCUUGCGGGCCUCCGUACUGUGGAGGACGAGAUGGGCUGCAAACUGGGGGAUGCGAAGGCUCCGCUGCUGCUGUCCGUCCGCUCGGGUGCCGCGGUGUCAAUGCCAGGCAUGAUGGACACCGUCCUGAACUUGGGUUUGAACGACGCGUGUGCCGCGGGUCUGGCGGCGCGUGCUGGUGAUGAGCGUUUCGCGUACGACGCGUACCGCCGCUUUCUGGACAUGUACGGCGAUGUCGUGAUGGGCAUCCCGCAUCACCUGUUCGAGGACCAGCUGGAACGCCUCAAGACUGAGCGGCGGGUUUCGGAGGACACGGCCCUUACAGCGGCGGAUCUGAAGGUCCUCGUGGGCCGUUACAAGGAGGUCUACAAGCAGCUGGGCAAGGUUUUCCCUGAGGACCCGUAUGAGCAGCUGCGUUUGGCCAUUUACGCCGUGUUCGACAGUUGGCAGAGCGAGCGUGCCAACGUGUACCGUUCGGUCAACGGUAUCAAAGGAUUGGCCGGCACGGCAGUCAAUGUUCAGGCAAUGGCGUUCGGCAACAUGGGCCUUACUAGCGGCACCGGCGUCUGCUUCACCCGUAACCCUUCCACCGGCGAGCGCAAGCUAUACGGCGAGUACCUGAUCAAUGCGCAGGGAGAGGAUGUUGUGGCGGGCAUUCGCACCCCCGAGCCCAUCGAGACACUGGCACGCACUCUGCCAGGCGCCUACCAGCAGUUACUGGAUAACUGCGCACUAUUGGAGAAGCAUUACAAGGACAUGCAGGAUAUCGAGUUCACUGUGCAGGAGGGCAAGCUGUUUAUGUUACAGUGCCGCUCAGGAAAGCGCACCGGCACGGCCGCGGUUCGAAUCGCGGUGGAGUUGGUGGAUGAGGGUGUUGUAGGCCCGGACACUGCCAUUAUGAUGGUGGAGCCUGGUCACCUUGACCAGCUGCUUCAUCCGCAGUUCGCGGACGAGAAGGCUUACCUGAAGGACGUCGUCGGGAAAGGCCUGCCAGCCUCCCCCGGGGCCGCCGUGGGUCAGGCGGUCUUUUCCGCGGAGGACGCGGAGGCCUGGAGGAGCAGCGGACUGCCGGUGGUGUUGGUGCGCAGGGAGACGAGCCCCGAGGACGUCAAGGGCAUGUACAGUGCCGAGGGAGUGCUGUGCCAGCUUGGCGGCAUGACUAGUCACGCGGCCGUGGUGGCGCGUGGCUGGGGCAAGCCCUGCAUUACGGGAUGCCCUGACUUGCAGGUAGACGAGCAUAAUAAAGUGGCUCGCAUCAACGGUGUCGAGAUCCGGCAGGGUGACUUCAUUUCGCUCAACGGCACGUCAGGCGAGAUCAUUCGCGGCAAGCAGCCGCUGGCGCCUCCCGAGCUGGCCGGCGACCUGAGCAAGUUCAUGAAGUGGGUGGACGAGCGCCGGCGCCUGGGCGUCCUUACCAACGCGGACACACCGGAGGAUGCCGCAGAAGCCCGCAAGUUCGGCGCUGAGGGCAUUGGUCUGUGCCGUACUGAGCACAUGUUCUUCGCCAGCGAGGAGCGCAUUGCCACCGUGCGGCGCAUGAUUGUGGCUCAGAGUCAGGAGGCACGACUGAAGGCACUGCGGGAUUUGCUGCCUUUCCAGCGGGAAGAUUUUGAGGGCAUUCUUCGCGCUAUGAGCGGCUUCCCGGUUACGAUUCGGCUGCUGGAUCCCCCGCUUCAUGAGUUCUUGCCGGAUGGCGAGAUGACGGAGGUUUGCGAGGCACUCGCGCGCGAUGCAGGUAUCACCAUUGACGAGGUGCUGGCCACCAUUGAGAAGCUGCAAGAAGUGAACCCCAUGUUGGGUUUCCGUGGCUGCCGCCUGGGCAUCACCUACCCAGAGAUUACUGAGAUGCAGGUUCGCGCUAUGUUUGAGGCGGCUGUGCGAGUGCUGCGCGACGGCGGGGCCGUGCAACUUGACAUCAUGGUGCCGCUGGUCGGGACUGCUGCGGAGUUGAAGAACCAGGAGCAGCUUAUUCGCCGGGUCGGCGAGGAGGUCAUGAAGGAGGCGGGAGUCGGUGUGCCGUACCGUGUGGGGACCAUGAUUGAGGUCCCACGCGCGGCGCUUCAGGCAGGGGCCAUUGCGAAGACCGCCGAGUUCUUCUCGUUUGGCACCAACGAUCUGACCCAGAUGACUUUUGGUUACUCGCGAGAUGACAUUGGCAAGUUCCUCCAAAACUAUCUGGAUAAGGGCAUCCUGGCGCAUGACCCCUUCCAGGUCCUAGACCAGGAUGGCGUUGGCGAGCUGAUAAAGUUUGCGGUGGAGCGAGGCCGGGCCAGCCGACCCAACCUAAAGAUUGGCAUCUGCGGCGAGCAGGGUGGCGAGCCCAAGACGGUGGCCUUCCUGCAUGAGGUGGGCCUAGACUACGUUUCUUGCUCUCCCUUCCGAGUGCCAAUUGCGCGGCUGGCCGCUGCCCAGGCGGCCGUGCGCAGCGCAAAGGCCGCAGCAAAGAAAAAGUGAACGGAGCAGAAGCUCAGGAAGAGUAUAAUUCGGAAUUCGGAGCAGGCGCGGAGCGCUUUAACGUUUAUCUUUUUGCGCGCGUGCGAGUCCUCUUGCUGACCCGGAUAAUAUACAGGUCGCAACGCCUAGAUCGCAUGACUAAUUUUGGCUUGCCGCUUAUUUCCUGGAAGCUGUUGUAUUUCAUAAAAUGUAGACUGCAUUGCUGGGUGUGACUAACGAGUAUGAGAGCUGAUUUCGUCGCACUGGUGCUGCUGCUGCUGCGUGUGAUGGUGGCCACAUCAACUGUUUUCGGUGUAUGCAUGUGCGUGUAUUGUUUUCCGCCUGAUGUGACCUUAUUUGUGCAUACGACUGGCGAUGCAACAGUCAAAGUCAAUGUUGGCAUGUACGGAUCCGUACGGAUUCUAUUGGAGGUUGAGAAAGCUAAGGAGCAUCAGGCAUAUGCGUGACGAGUUGACCUUCAUUGUUUUACUUGGCUAGUGGAGCGGGACUGACCUGAAAACGAUCCAUGUAAUGUGGCAGGUUAGUAGGACGCAGCUAUCCACCAUUAUAGAUUAUGAGACUCUGACUGAGUGCCGCAUAAGGCGCCUUAAUGUUGCUGACCAAGCAGCUUUACUUUGACUCGCAGAUGGGCUCUCUCGUAGACCCUGUAAAAUUCUGUGCCCC